AUGGCUGCCCGAUUCGCCCUCGUAACGAUCGCUAAUGCCGCCAUUGCGGGCGCGCAGUUCUUGGAUGAUGACUACACUACCACUCGUUAUACAUCAGCAUACUGGACCUACACCUACGCUCAAGCGGAGGUUGCCACACAAAGCCUGUACACAUAUUAUGACGACUCCGUCGCUACUGAGACUUACACCGAGUACCGCACUAUAAAGGAUGGAGUCACUCCUACGAUCGCACCGUACUCAACUUCCACGGCCCUCGGCUACUACGACAAUCUUGAGGUCGUAUACGCGUAUUACACAACCAGUGCGGUGGCCGAAUCUGAUCUUGUGCCUGAGUAUGAUUACUACGCGACUUCCCCUUCGGCGACGGCGACGACCACCGAGACAGUCAAGGAUAUCGAAUUCAGCAUGCCAGUCACGAUGACGGCACCUGCCUCAUGCCCCACACCAUCUUCGAUUGAAACAUCCUCUGCCACUGCCUACUCCGGCACCCUUUACCUUUGGGAGACAUGGUACCUUUCCGAGAGCGCGGCGCCUUUCACGUCAACGUCGGACUACUACUACUCUGUCUAUAUGGCGGAUUGUAGUACACCUCCGGGAUCGUACAACACUCACACCUCGUCGUCUGGCGGCUCAAAUCGCGGCAGCUCAGACAACGACGACAGUGACAGCGACAGCUCAUACGACAGUUGCUACUACUAUUACUGUAGAUCUCGUGUGAUUACAUGGAUCAUCAUCAUCGCAUGCAUAAUUCCCGGUCUCUUCCUGCUUGGCUUCCUUGAGUCUUGGUUCUGGUUCCGUCGCCUCAUGCUUGGUAAGAGUGCCAUGCGUUUUGGUACCGUCUGCUGGAUUCUCAUGUCGCUUUGGGUACUCUGCUUUACUCGCAUGCAAGAUCGCCGAAGUGUUGAAGACCAGAAGAUGUUGGCUGAGAAGUGGAAGAACAUGGGUAGUGGGGCGGCUUUCAAGGCCUGGUGGAAGUGGGGAUUCCGUCAUCGAUACCCCGAAGAGUUGUUGGGUCAGUUCAGCAAGACUACCGUCGGCUUCGUGCCGCCGGGUCAGCCACUGUACCCGGCCAUGGCUCAAACACCCGGUGCUUCCCAGCCUAUGGUCCCUGGUCAAGUUUACUACUACGGCCCUCCGCCUCCGGGCUGGGUCGUAUCACCGAACGGAGGAUUUGUUCCACCUCAAGGCUACACGUACCCACCUCCUCAGCAAGCUGGCUACUACGGCGAUAUGACUAAAGCUGGACCGGUGGUGUCUCAAUCUCCCGUUUCGGCAGUGGGCUACCCACAACCGCAGCAGCAGAUGGGCAAUGUCUCUCCUAUGGCCCCUCAGGCCCCUCAAGCCGCACAUACUGCUCCUCAUAACGGCUCCCAUACACCUACGCCAUAUGGCGCCCCGCCGAACGUCGGCACAAUGCCAGUACAAGCACCGCCUCGAAGCCCCUCCCCAGAGGGACCUUCGCCUCCACUCCCACCUCGACCUGUGGCUGAAGGAGCGCCGCAGAUUCCACCUGUGGACGUGAGCGAUGCAACAACAACAGACGAUGCAAUAAAGCAAGAGCCCACCGCGCCGGCUACUGCUCCCCCUCCCCCGAAGAACGACCCCAACGACCGAAGCUUGUAUGAGUAG